UGGUAUGGUUUGGUAUAAAUGUUGUAGUGCCAUUUUUGUAUGGCUGUGGGAUAUUUUUCAUCAAGAGAAGCAAGAAACAGAAGAGAAACAAGCUUUGUUAGAUUCUACGUUGGAAACUGAAGCAUAUCCAACCCCAGGAGAAAACUUACAACUUCAUCAAGGGACAGAACUGAUUGCCAAUGAAGAUUUGGAACACGCAAUAAUCGAAUAUGCCAACGAAAAUAUGAUAAAUAUAGGCCUUCGAGAGACUGCCUUAGGGGUACAAAAGAAUGCGAUACGAGCGAGAAUGUACCAACGGACUCUACAAACUGUGAAAACUAAACUUCACGGAUUUACGAAACCAACUCCUUCUUUUCGUAGCUUGGAACCUGGAGAGUUUUUUGAUAGAAGUUCUGUGGUGGAGGAAGAGACCGAUGAUAACAAAUUAUUGACGAAAAAGUAUGGCCAAAUGUUACAAGACGCAUACAACGAAACAGAAAACUUUAAAAAGUUUCCUUCGUGCCUUAUAACACUGUCACAAGAAGAUAAGUCAGUAUAACGAAAUCUACGAAGUGAAGAAGGAAAAUCAGUGUAUGGAAUAUGCGAACAUUAGGGAGAUAAAAUGGCUCUUUUAAGUUUCUGAAAAUUUUCAAACCAUAAUACAUAUGUGUAUAGAAUUUGAGAAGUGUUUUCUUCUUCAAUGAUAAAGGUUACGAUAUGAGUGUAGAGACCUUCGA